AUGGGUUUCCUCAAACGCUUCAGCUCUAAGCGGUCAUCCAUUCCGGCACAAGCCCCCACUGGAUUCCAGUCUCCGAUCGGGAGGAUGAAUGAUCCUACUAAUCCAUUUGCCACAACGGUACCAACCCGCAGACCGAGACCAGCAGAGCACAUCGGUGCCCCUCCUCCAUACUCAGCUGCACCAAACAGUGCGGCAGACUUGGCCUCACCCAUGCAAGUUUGCGACGAUUCACCAUAUGUAUUUUUGAGAGAGUUUGACACUAUCUUUCUCAUUGAUGACAGCGGAAGUAUGGCGGGCCGGAGCUGGAGGGAAACCUCUGCAGCACUGGCAGCCAUUGCCCCAAUCUGCACAACUUACGAUGCUGAUGGUAUCGACAUCUACUUCCUAAACCAUCGGAAUCCUAAUUCAACUCAUGGUGGAUACACCAAUAUCACAACCACAGCAGCGGUUCAGAAUUUGUUCCAGACCGUGAGACCUCUAGGUGGCACCCCGACCGGCACCCGACUCAGCCAUAUCCUCAGACCGUACCUCAGCGAAGUAGCCGACUCGAUCGAGCGCCAAUCUCACGGCCAUGAAGCAACUGUCAAGCCACUCAACGUCAUCGUCAUCACCGAUGGCGUUCCCAGCGACGAUGUCGAAAGUGUGAUUGUGAACGCAGCCAAGAAGCUCGAUUCAUACGGUGCCGAAUCCUGGCAGGUUGGUAUUCAAUUCUUUCAGGUUGGACGUGAGCCUGAGGCUGCCGAGAAUCUAAUAGAAUUGGACGAUGCUUUGUCUGGAACCUACAAUAUUCGAGAUAUGGUUGACACAGUGCCCUGGACCGGCGACGAAGGCCAAGAACUCACCGCACAGGGUCUCCUGAAGGUCUGUCUUGGUAGUGUGGUUAGACGACACGAUCGGAGAAGCGUCUAA